AUGUUAAACAAAAUUAUUUCACUUCUACUUAUAUUUCUAGCUAUUCAAGGAAUUUUCGGAGAACAAUGUUUAGAUGACCAAUGGCCGCCAAAGCCAGAACGAGCUGUACCAACUUAUGUUGUCAAUUUGGAUGAUCCACCUAUGGAACGUUGGAAUCAAGUUGCAACUGCAUUCAAGAGUGAACCUGCUAUGGCCGACACAUUACCAGCACCUUAUGGUGAUGAAAUGAAAGGCAUUAGUCAAGCAACAGGAUUACCAUUAGGUGAAAUCGUUCUCUACAAUAUUUUCUACGAAGCCUCUGCGCUCUGUACAUCGAUGGUAGCUCAAGAUCAAUAUGGUAAUGUUUUUCAUGUACGAAAUCUCGACUUUGGAGUUUUCGUCGGCUGGGACAUGUCAAAUAAUACUUGGAUAUUGACUGAAAAACUUCGUACAUUGAUUGCUCAAAUCAAUUUUACCCGAAAUGGUGAAGUACUCUAUAAAACAACGACUUUUGCAGGAUUCAUAGGCGUACUCACUGGUCUGAAGCCGAACGUAUUCAGUGUUUCAGUCAAUAGUCGUACGAGUUUUGAUGGUGGUUAUGCAGGUUUAAUUGAAUGGAUUUUUAACAUUAACCGUAACCAAUCAUUUAUCACAUUUGCCAUACGUGAUAUGCUUACAAAAGCAGAAAGUUUUGAUGUAGUCGUUAACUACUUUAGUGAAACAGAACUCUUAGCUCCUUGUUAUUAUAUCGUUGGUGGACCAAACCCUAAACAAGGUGUUGUCAUUACACGAGAACGUACCAAAGUUGUUAAUAUCACACGAAUGGGUCAAGAUAAUUUAUGGUUUGUAAUUGAGACAAAUUAUGAUAACUGGAAAAAACAACCUUUCUUCGAUGAUCGGCUAACGCCAUGUAUCAAAUGUAUGAAAAUAAAAGGUCAAGAUCACGUUACAUUUGAGUCUCUAUUCAAUGUUCUGUCAUCAAGACCGAUGCUCAAUGCGUUAACCGUAUAUUCGACAUUGAUGGAAUUAUCGACUGGUCGAUACGAAACCUAUUGGCAACAUUGUCGUAAUGAGGAUGCGCCAUGCUUACCAUGGUAA